AAAUGCUGUCUCUUCUAGCUGCUGCGGCUAGACUCCCUCCUUCGUGCCUUAGACAUCCUUCGAAGACGAGCCGUCCCGCCGUUUUGUGCCAUCGGAGAGAUUGAAAGAAUCGAGUUUUAGCUCGCUCUCAAAGCCAAUGGAAAUUCAGUCUCUUCUCGCUGCUACGCCUACACUUCCUCCUCCACGCCUUAGGCCUACUUUGAAGAUGGUUCGUCCAAAUGUUCUCUGCCGUUGGAGAGACUCAGAAAAUCGAGCUUUAGCUCGCAAGAUAAUCCUGCAGUGGAAGCAAGAUCGAGGUUUUGAUCAAAAGAACAGUGAUGCAGCUUGUGCUGCAUUAGUACAAGCCUUGAGUCGAAAAAGAAUGCCUCAUCUAGCUCAAGAGCUUUUACUUGAGAUGAAAUCUGAAGGUUUUCUGCCUGGCACCUCUACAUUGUCAGCUCUGAUGCUAUGCUAUGCGGGUAAUGGCCUUAUUCAGCAAGCACAGGCAAUUUGGGAGGAAAUAAUAAAUAGUUCUUUUGUGCCAAGUAUUCAAAUAGUCUCAGAGCUAUUUGAUGCAUAUGGGAAGAUGGAACAGUUUGAUGAUGUAGCCAAAAUUGUGGAUCAGGUAAGUUCAAGAGAUUUUAAUUUGUUACCUGAAGUUUACUCACUGGCUAUUUCAUGCUUCGGAAAAGGAGGACAGCUUGAAUUGAUGGAAAAUACUUUGAAGAAAAUGGUUUCUAGGGGUUAUAUUAUAGAUUCUUCCACUGGUAAUGCCUUUAUUAGAUAUUAUAGUAUCUUUGGUUCUCUGAGAGAGAUGGAGAAUGCCUACGGUCGCCUUAAAAGGUCUAGACUUUUAUUAGAAAAAGAAGGAAUCAGGGCAAUAUCGUUUGCAUAUAUAAAGGAAAGGAAGUUCUACAAAUUAGGUGAGUUCUUGAGAGAUGUGGGUCUUGCUCGGACUAAUGUCGGAAAUCUCUUAUGGAACCUUCUGCUGCUAUCCUAUGCUGCCAAUUUUAAAAUGAAAAGCUUGCAGAGAGAAUUUGUGAGAAUGGUUGAAGCUGGGUUUCAUCCUGAUCUCAACACAUUUAAUAUCCGGUCUCUCGCAUUUUCAAGAAUGUCUUUGUUAUGGGAUCUCCAUCUUAGCCUUGAACACAUGAGACAUGAACAAAUCAGCCCUGAUCUUGUGACUUAUGGUUGUUUUGUUGAUGCAUAUAUUGAUAAAGGACUUGGGAGAAAUUUAAACUUUGCUUUGAACAAAAUGAACUUGGAUGAUUCUCCACUACUAUUAACAGAUCCAUUUGUGUUUGAGGUUUUGGGUAAAGGGGACUUUCAGUCCAGCUCAGAGGCAUUUUUGGAGUUUAAAAGUCCGAGGGAAUGGAAUUACAGGAAACUGAUUGCAGUAUAUCUCAAAAAACAAUGCCGGCGGGAUCAAAUCUUUUGGAAUUAUUGACAAGUGCUGGCCUGAUUGUUCAUAGAAUUUUAACAAGCUGUUGUAAAAAAAGAAAAAUACUUUAGCCUAAAAUAGAUUACAUAAAAGUAAAGCACAAAUUAAUGUGAUACAUCAGAUUGUAAAGUUAUUUUUAUCGUAAAAUAAAUCUAACGGAUCUCAUGAAGUUAAUUUGUAAAUUUACUUUUGUGUAAUCUCUUUGUGUCUGUAGCAGUUCUUAUACAAAAAAGAUACUUAAUUUCAGUUAUUUGAUACAUAGGACUUUGAGAUCAGUGGAAAACCUGCAGCCGCCUACAAGAUCGGAGAUUUCCACUCAAUAUAUUUUGUCUUCCUAGGCACUGCAUAUUUAUGUCCCCGAGUAGUUUUGAUAAUUUGAUAUAAUAAAAUUAUGAAAACAAAAUUCGUGAAAGGAA